AUGAAUAUUUUUACGUUUCUUUCAUUAUUCAUUUAUGUAGCUGUUGCUACAUCAUUUACUCUGCCUGAAUUACAUGUUAUCAAGAAAGUAUCGUUUAAAUAUCCAUAUAGCUGUCAACCAGGUCCAUUAAGUUAUGAAGGUUCUGCUCUUUUUCUGACUGAUUAUGGUUUAUUACGAAAUAUGCCCGAUCUUUUGUAUAAUGGAGCUUGUGGUUCUGACAAUACCUUUGAUGUGAUGUUAGCUGGUGACGAUUUUGGUGUGUUAACCGAUUUAGGUGAUGUACCAUUGGAACAAGUCACAGCAUCAAAAGCUUUCAAUUAUGAACGUAUAAGUGGUAAAGACAACACAUUCGCUAGCACUGUCAAGGUGGUUAAUAGACAUACUUAUGCUGCACUCUUGGCUAAAUCCGAAAUUCGAGCAUUGUUCGUUUUUCGUGUUGAAAAUUAUGAACCAAGUGGUCCAGCUACGAUUUCAUAUGCUGUUAAACAAUAUGGUAUUGUUCAAUCCAUACAAGAAGCACCUGGUUUUUCUUGGGAUGAAGAAAACCAUUGA